CAUCGCGGCAACACUUCCGGUGGAAGGCGUCGGGCCUGGGGCAUUGGGCCGAGUCGCAGCUACAGGGAGCCGGCACACCAUGGGGGACUCCGCCGCCGAGGACCGCUUCGAUGGCAUUCUGCUCGCCAUGGCCCAGCAGCACGAAGACGGCGUUCACCAGCUUGUAGAUACAUUCUUCAGUUUCCUGAGGCGUAAGACAGACUUCUUUACUGGUGGAGAGCAAGGAGCAGCUGAAAAAUUGGUCACAGACACAUUCAAGCACCACCAAAAAUUAGGGGCCCAGGUUCAAAUGGAGAAAGAGGUGAAACGGGAAGCUGAUAAAAAGGAGAAAGUAGAGCGAGCAGUAAUCACAGAGGUAAAGGAGAAAUCGGAGCCUGAACCAAAGCAGCCGAAAAUCAAAGAGCUAACGGAUGAGGAGGCAACUAAACUGCAACAGGAGAUUGACCAGAAAAAGGAGCAAGAAAGUGAUGUGGAUGGAAUAACGGCCAAUGGGGAAAAACCUGUGGAAAACCAAGAUUCAAAACAGGCAGAGUCUGAGUCUGAAGGUGAAGAAGAUGAGAAGGAUAAAGGGAAACUGACGCCCAACAAUGGAAAUGGUGCUGAUCUGCCCAACUACCGGUGGACCCAGACCCUGUCUGAGGUGGAUCUCCUUGUCCCAUUCCAAGUCAACUUUAGAUUGAAGAGUCGAGAUCUGAUUGUGGAGAUCCAAAGGCGUCACUUGAAGCUGGGUCUGAGAGGCCACCCGCCUAUAAUUGAUGAUGAGAUGUUCAAUGAUGUGAAAGUAGAGGAAAGCUCAUGGCUGCUGGAAGAUGGAAAAAGUGUUAAUAUACAUCUAGAGAAGAUUAAUAAAAUGGAAUGGUGGAACAAAGUAGUGACAACGGAUGCUGAGAUUAAUACCAAAAAAAUUAACCCUGAGAAUUCAAAGUUAUCGGAUUUGGAUGGUGAGACACGGAGCAUGGUAGAGAAGAUGAUGUAUGACCAGCGCCAGAAAGCCAUGGGACUACCCACUUCAGAGGAGCAGAAAAAACAAGACAUGUUGAAAAAAUUUAUGGAGCAACACCCUGAAAUGGACUUCUCAAAGGCUAAGUUCAGUUAAAGAUAUAUGCCCACCCUGGCACUGAAGGGGAUACUCAGACUAUUGGAAGAGUUUCUACAAAGUUGUUGUGCAUUGCCUUGUGUGCAUCCUGGACCCCAAGUUCGUGCACCAUUUGGGUUGUUCUUGAGCGCAUCAAGCAUCUGACAUCUGUGUUGCAGUUGCCAUGCAGCAUCCAUCAGCUGCCAUUAACCCAUGCCUCUGCAUUUUCUGGCUGGCCUCAUGACAAACUUACCACCUUUAAUGGUGUGUCAAUCUCACAAACGAUGUAAAUUAGAUUAGUAAGUUUGAUUACUUUUGACCUGACACACGGACAAUAGCACCUCUCCAUCAGUUGCUAUCUAUCAAUGUGCGUUGUUGUCACUACGGUCAUCGUUGUGCUUCAACAGGGCCUUUCCUGACCAUUUCAUUGCAUGAGAUCUCCAAUUCUUAUGGUGUUCAAUACCCUUAUAACAAAUUUUGAAGUGAGAGAUGCAUCCUGUUGAAAUGCAACGUUUAAAUAGAAGCUACCCAGAAAAUGCUUUGAUGAUCUAUUCUUUUGUCUUAAGUUCAGAUGAGGAUCUGUGUGUAUGUCAAUCAUAUUUGGCUACUAACACAUUAUGCAAACAAGCUGCAUUAGAAGCUCUCCUUGUUCACGAAACAGAGGCUAUUCAGUGAGUGCUAUGCAAAACCCCACCUGCUGAUGAAGUGGAAAUGGUUGAACUUCAAUUUUGUUCAAUUUUGUUUCUUGCUGGUUGCUGUGUGUUCUAGCCCAGUCAUGGCCAUGUUGAUAUACAUGCUGCUUUGAGAUGGGCUACUAUAUAUUUGGUUUUGAAGUUGUCUGGUUGACUGACCUGUUGCACGCUUCCAGGUGAAGAGGCAAAGUGUUGUAAAUAUAUGGGUUGUUGCUCUAUUUCCUUGUCUGUGUUUCCAGGUCAGUUACAGGGUGGAUAGAUAAAUUAGCGUCUUCAUGAAGCAUGUUAUGUUUUUUUUUAAAUAUUGGUUUGCAUUGAUGCACUGGACCUUGAUGCUGAAAUUCAUUUCUCAAUAAAGCCAAUCCACUGGCA